AUGCCCUCAACCCCGUGGACGAAACCCGACACAAGCACCCGCCCCAUCGCCAUAAUCGGCGGCGGCGUGAUGGGCCGCCGAAUCAGCAUGAUGUGGAUAUCCUCGGGCUUCCCCGUAAUGCUAUGCGAGAGAGUAAGCGAAUCAGACAACGCAGUCGGCUACGUCCAAGAACACGAAGCCGAGCAAGCAGCCAAACAAGGCAAAGUCCCCGCCGAGCUGAAAGCCACAACAUCGCUACAAGAAGCCGUCAACAAUGCAUGGAUGGUGAUCGAAGCAAUCCCAGAGAAGCUGCAGAUGAAGAUCGAUAUCUUGGCGCAGAUCGAUAAACUCGCCCCGCCGGACUGCGUAAUCGCCAGCAACUCCUCGUCGCUGCGGUCGAGCCAGAUGAUCGUCAACACGGAGAAGAAUUACCGCAUCUGCAAUGGUCACUACUACAUGCCGCCGGACCAGAACUACUACGAGGUGAUGUCGUGUGGGCACACUGAUCCUGAGAUCUUUCCGUUUUUGAUGGAGAAGGCUGCGCAGGCUGGUUUUACGCCUGUGCAUGCGAAGACUGACUCUACUGGGCUGAUAUUUAAUCGUAUUUGGGCGGCGAUUAAGCGGGAGGUUUUGCUUGUGAUGGCUGAGGGUGUUACUGAUGCUCAUACCAUUGAUGAAAUGUUUAGAAGUUGGUUCAAGGCUGAGAAGGGGCCUUGCCAGAUGAUGGAUACUGUUGGUUUGGAUACUGUGUACAAUAUUGAGCUUGUGUAUACCCAACAACGUAAUUUGGAUACCACUGCCAGGGAUUGGCUGAAGGAGAAUUAUGUUGACAAGGGCAAUCUGGGCGCCAAGGCUGGAAAGGGUUUACUUGGAUAG